AAACACUAUUUUGACCUAAUUUUCAAAUCCGCCCCUUUCUUUUUCUCUUCUUUCCAUAUAUCCUCUUCUUCUUCCUCCUUAUUAGGGUUUCCACAUUUACUUCCUUCCCUUUGCUCCAUUCCUACUUUUCUCCUCCAACAUUUCCUCUUCUUCCUUUCCAGUAUUGAGUCCUGUUCAUUUUCCUCUUCAAUGGACCUUGACGGUGCUCGCAAGAGGGAAAGAACUGAAACCGCCUUGAAUGGCAAUGGAGGCUUUAAGAAGUCCAAGCCAGAAAUGGACUCCUUAUCUACUGGUUUAGGAAGCAAAUCGAGGCCUUGCACAAAGUUUUUCAGCACUUCUGGUUGCCCUUUUGGCGAGGGGUGUCAUUUUGCACAUUAUGUUCCGGGUGGAGUCAAAUCAAUCUCUCAGAUGAUCAGUCCGGCACUUCCCCCUGGGAUUAGAAAUCCAGCUCCUCCCCUAUCCUUUCCAGAUGGUGUUCCUCCAGCUGUCAAGACUCGUUUGUGCAAUAAAUUUAAUUCAGCCGAAGGCUGCCGGUUCGGUGAUAAGUGCUAUUAUGCUCAUGGUGAGUGGGAACUCGGAAGGCCGAACCCACCACAAGAUCACGGUGGAAUGGGACCAGGACCAAUGCAACAACCCAGAAUGGGUGGUGGCUGGAAUGCCCCUCCACCACCACCUAACCAUGGACCCGCUGCUAGCUUCGGGGCCUCUGCAACUGCAAAGAUUAGCGUUGAUGCAUCACUUGCAGGUCCCAUUAUUGGGAAGAAUGGUAUCAACUCGAAGAACAUUUGUCGUAUGACAGGGGCAAGGCUUUCAAUAAAAGAACACGAGUCAGACCCUAACCUGAAGAACAUUGAGCUUGAGGGUACUUUUGAUCAGAUCAAUCUAGCUAGUUCAAUGGUACGUGAGUUGAUUGCAAACGUUGGAGCUGCCUCCGCCAAUAAUGCCAUGAAGCAGCAUCAGCAUCAGCAUCAACAUCAUUCUGGGAUGCAGCAAUCUUCUGGUUCGGCAAACAACUUUAAGACGAAGCUUUGUGCGAACUUUACGAAAGGUGCUUGUACGUUUAGGGAAAGAUGCCAUUUUGCUCACGGUGAGAGUGAGUUGCGCAAACCAGGUAUGUGAUUCAUGGCAACAGUGUUUGUAGAUCUGUUCUUAAACAGAAUGUUAUUUUUGUUCUGUUUUUCUCUUUGUUUGAAUCCAUUUGUUAAUUCUGAAAAAUACAAUAUCCGAUUACUUUGUAAGACGAAGCAUUUUUCAUCCAAGAUAUCCGGACGAGAUGAGAUUUUGUAAGCUCUUAAUUUACAUAGAUUCAGCUUGUGCUGUGUUCUUUGUUUACGGGAAAACUGUACGCAAGAGUUCCUAUCGUUUUAGAAA